ACAAGUGCGACCGGGGGCCGGGUCAGACCAUCAGAUUAGCCCCAUUUUCGUGCAUUCAGCUGAUGAACCUGUGGCCCUUGAGAUGGAUGAGAGUUCCACCCAACCUAAUUACCUCGAUCGAACACACAGCCUCUUUCUUGAUCCCUGACGCGAUGCUGCGGUCAAGAUAAGCUGCCUAAAGCUACUUACUACGAAUCUGGCUGCCAUCAGCGACAGUCCAUCCUCGACAUCGCCGCGAUCAGCUCCUCACCUUUACUCGCCCUCAAAGUCCGCGCCCUCGCCAAAUCAAGGCUACAGGCGCGCCUCAUUAUUGCAAAAUCCCCUCAUCGUACGCCCUAUCUUGACCUCACAAACAUGUGUCUUGUCAAAGUCCGGCAGGAAGAAGACGUAGUUGUCCCCUACCGCGUUGCCUCUCCUCGUCGCACAUCGCGCCACUAUUCACGCACUCAGAUAGUGGAGGAGGACCACCGCCGGCCCAUCCCCUCACCCCGCACAAGCUAUCAUUCCACGCAUGUUAGCACUGUUAUCCCAUCACCUCGACCAAAUCCUAUCCCUGCCCCUCAGCCGGUGCCUGUCUUCAUAAAUCAGCCGCCCACGCCACCACCGCCGGCGAGCAGUGUGGGUAGACAUAGCACGCAAUACGUACAUGUAUCCCCGGCGAGCAGCGUGACGAGCCAUAGUCGCACACAUAGCGACUACUAUGUCAGCGAGCAUGAAUACAGGGUAGAGAGAGAGCGGCACCGGGAGAGGGAUCACAGCAGGGACCGGAGUAGACGGAGGAGCAGGAGUCGGAGUAGUGAUAGAUAUCACGAAAGGCCUGCGACAUAUAGGUACAUUGACAGCAGGCCGCUGCAUGACAACAGGGCAGAAUUCACCCGAACGCACUCAACGAGAUCUAGAAGUAGAAGUCGGGGCGCAUAUGACGAUGAUCGGGAUGGGAGGGCAUCGUCGUACGGAAGGGAGAAAGUCGUAAUAGUAGACGACAAUGGCAGAAGGAGGAGGGAGUAUUUGAGGUGAAAAUUGUCAUGUAGAUAUAAAACACAAUUUAAAUGAUGCGAUGCAUCCGUUGGGGGGACUUUUUGUUUUAUAUCAUAUGAAACGUACCC